AUGACGGGCGGAAGGUUCGACUUCGACGAUGGCGGCACCUACUGCGGCGGCUGGGAGGAGGGCAAGGCGCACGGGCACGGCAUCUGCACGGGGCCCAAGGGCCAGGGCGAGUACUCGGGCUCCUGGUCGCACGGCUUCGAGGUGGUGGGCGGCUACACCUGGCCCAGCGGCAACACCUACCAGGGCUACUGGGCGCAGGGCAAGCGGCACGGGCUGGGGGUGGAGACGAAGGGCAAGUGGAUGUACCGGGGGGAGUGGUCCCACGGCUUCAAGGGGCGCUACGGGGUCCGGCAGAGCCUGUGCACCCCGGCUCGCUACGAGGGUACCUGGAGUAACGGGCUGCAGGACGGCUACGGCGUGGAGACCUACGGGGACGGAGGUACCUACCAGGGCCAGUGGGCCGGCGGCAUGCGGCACGGCUACGGGGUGCGCCAGAGCGUGCCGUAUGGCAUGGCCACGGUGAUCCGCUCGCCCCUGCGCACCUCGCUGGCCUCGCUGCGCAGCGAGCAGAGCAACGGCAGCCUGCUCCACCAGGACGCCGCGGCGGCCGCCGACACCCCCGCCGGCACCCGCGGCGGCUUCGUGCUCAACUUCCAAGCCGAUGCCGAGCUCGCCGGCAAGAAGAAGGGCGGCCUGUUCCGCCGCGGCUCGCUCCUGGGCAGCAUGAAGAUGCGCAAGUCCGAGUCCAAGUCCUCCAUCUCCAGCAAGCGCAGCUCGGUGCGCAGCGACGCGGCCAUGAGCAGGAUCAGCUCCAGCGACGCCAACUCCACCAUCAGCUUCGGCGACGUGGACUGCGACUUCGGCCCCGCCGAGGACCACGUGGACGCCACCACCACCGAGACCUACAUGGGCGAGUGGCGCAGCGACAAGCGCAGCGGCUUCGGCGUCAGCGAGCGCUCCAACGGCAUGAAGUACGAGGGCGAGUGGGCCAACAACAAGAGGCACGGCUACGGCUGCACCCUGUUCCCCGACGGCUCCAAGGAGGAGGGGAAGUACAAAAACAACGUGCUGGUCCGCGGCAUAAGGAAGCAGCUGAUCCCCAUCCGAAACACAAAGACUAGGGAGAAGGUGGACAGGGCCAUCGAAGGCGCGCAGAGGGCAGCCGCCAUGGCGAGAACCAAAGUGGAAAUAGCCAACUCAAGGACCGCACACGCCAGAGCCAAAGCCGACGCCGCGGACCAGGCCGCGCUGGCCGCCCGCCAGGAGUGCGACAUCGCCAGAUCCGUGGCCAGGGAGCUGUCGCCGGACUUCUACCAACCAGGCCCGGAUUAUAUCAAACAGAGAUUUCAGGAAGGCGUGGACGCGAAAGAAAACCCAGAAGAGAAGGUGCCGGAAAAGCCGCCUUCGCCCAAGGAAUCUCCUCACUUCUAUCGCAAAGGCACGACGCCCCCGAGCACGCCCGAGACGCACCCCAGACAGAGCCACUCGCCCCAGCCUUCCCCCCAGCCCGCGAGGAAGCAGAACCCCAGCUCAGGGGCCAGACUCAACCGUGACAAACGGAGCGUGGCCGAGGAGCAGGUGACGGCCGCCGUCAACAAGCCCCUGAUGUCCAAGGCCCCCUCCAAGGAGAUGGGAGCCGCCGGGCCCCAGUCCAAGUACUCUGGCCGCCACCACGUCUCCAACCCCAGCAACGGGGAGCUGCACUCCCAGUACCACGGCUACUACGUGAAGCUGCCGCCCAAGAACCCCCCGGGAGACGGGCGGGAAGACGAAGGAUCCGGCCACUCUUCCUCGGCGCUGGUGCACAAGCCGACACCCAACAAGUGGAGUCCCCCCAAGUCUGUGACAAAACCGGUUGCCAAAGAAAGCAAAGCUGAGCCAAAAGCUAAGAAGUCUGAACUUGCCAUACCAAAGAACCCAGCAAGCAACGAUUCGUGCCCUGCUUCUUCGGAAAAAGAAGCCAAUUCAGGCCCUAAUUCAGUCAUGAUUGUCCUGGUCAUGCUGUUGAACAUCGGGUUGGCCAUUCUUUUUGUUCACUUUCUAACUUGA